AUGCGGCCCGCCCUCGACCUGAUGGGCCGGCUCGAUCCGGCGAACGGGGCGCGGCCCGGUCACGCGAUCUACGACCUGGGCUGCGGCGCCGGUAACAUCUCGCGCAUCCUCGCCGAACGCUUCCCCGAGGCGCCGGUCAUCGGCAUCGAUUCGUCGGAAGAGAUGCUCGCAAAGGCGCGCAGCCAGACGGUCGAUGCCCGCGUCACCUUCGACAAGGGUGACCUCGCGCACUUCAAGCCGAGCCUGCCGCCCGGCAUCCUCUACAGCAACGCCGCCUAUCAGUGGCUCGACGGCCAUAUCGACAUGUUUCCCGGUCUGCUGAAGCUGCUGCCGUCGGGCGGCCAGCUCGCGAUCCAGAUGCCGCGCAAUCACGAGGCGCCCUCGCAUGCCUCGAUGCAUGAAGCGGCCGUCGCAGGUCCUUGGCGCGACAAGCUCACCAGGGUGCGCCCGAUCGUUCGCGUCGAGGAGCCGGAGCGCUAUUACGACGCGCUGAAGCCGCUCUGUUCGGAACUCGAAGUCUGGGAGUCGAUUUACCAGCAGCCGCUCACCGGCAAGGAUCCGGUGGCGCAGUACACCUCGUCGACCGGCCUGCGGCCCUAUCUCGAACUGCUGCAGGAGCCGGAGCGCA